AUGGCCACUGGGGCGGUCGCGGUCGUGCUGGCAAACACUCCCUUUCGAUUCACUGGCCUCGAUGUGAUCGCUAAGAUCUACUUCAUCCUGGAUCUUGUGUUAUUUGUUCUUUUCAAUUUCUGUAUCGCGUAUCGAUUCAUUCGACGUCCGAAAGUCUUCCUACGCUCUUUGCAUCAUCCGAAGGAGGCCCUGUUCCUCGGUGCUUACUGGGUCACGAUUGCGCUGCUUUUGAAUCUGACGCAGACCUAUGGUGUACCUAUGACGGGCCAGUGGCUAAGGACGGCUAUGCGGAUUCUCUAUUGGAUAUAUUCAGGUUGCGCGCUGUGCGUCGCCGUUUUCCAAUACGCAACGCUGUUUGUUGCGGAACGUCUACCAGUCGACAGCGCUAUGCCAGCUUGGGUGUUUCCGGUCUAUCCGUUUCUUGUCAUCGGACCAUUGGCAGCAGUAAUCACUAAAUCUCAGGACACGACAGUCGCUCUUGUCGUCUGGGUAUCUGCGAUCGCGCUGCAGGGCCUGGGAUUCACGGUGGCAAUUUUCAUGUAUUCGAUCUACGUCCAGCGCUUGAUGACGAGCAGUUUGCCGGAACCGAGCUCCCGGCCAGGCAUGUACAUCUCAGUCGGACCAGUGGCCUACACAUCGGCGGCCCUACUCAAUCUAGCCGAUCAAGCAGCGACUGUCAUUCCAGCGCACUGGCUCAGCGUCGAUACUCUAGCGGUGCCGGAUGUCAUUCGCAUUACCUUGAUUCUGGCUGGUUGUUGGUUGUGGCUGCUUGGCUUCUGGUUCUUUGCCCUCACAACUGUGGCAAUCAUUGCGGGGGCAUGCAGCAAGCAGAAGAUGGGAUUUACGUUGCAAUGGUGGGGAUUCGUCUUCCCGAACGCUGGACUGGUGCUUGCGAGUAUCAAUAUCGGAAAGGCCUUGGAAAGCGAAGGGGUCAAAGCCGUCACAAGUGCGAUGACACUGAUCUUGGUGAUAGGCUGGUUUUGCGUGGCAAUUGCGAACAUCAGGGCCGUGCUCAAGGGAAAAGUCCUGUGGGAGGGUAUGGACGAUGAUGUUGGGAUGAAGGUGGAUUGA